CGAUUGCCAUGGGUUCGAAGACGAGCAUCAUCACGAACGAGCAGCUGUCGGAGUACGCGGAGCUAACGUAUCUUACCAAGUCCGAGAUCAUUUUUAUCCUGCAAAAGUUCCUGCUGCUCGAUGAUGGACGCAACUUUUCACUCACCAAACGGUUCCCCGAGCAGGAGGUGGUGAAUUUGUUCCCUCAGUUAAAGCAUAAUCCCUUCCGCGAUCGUUUGCUGCACGUGUUUUCGUCGGAAAAUGAUGACAGGUUUUCCUUCGAAGACAUGCUCGAUCUGUUUAGCGUGCUGUCGGAAAAGUGUCCACUCGCGGUGAAGGCGUCCUGGGCGUUUCAAAUAUACGACUUUGAUGAUGACAAUCUGAUCACAAAGGAAGACAUCCUGGAGCUUUGCGAUCGGAUCACGCAGCAGGAUCGGUUGGAACAGGAGGAAAAAAUGAAUAUCGCUGAUCUGCUACUUAAAGAAAUAGAUCUGCAAAACAAUGGUAACAUUGGCGAGUUUGAGUUCGUUCACGCCAUGAGCAAGAUGCCAGAAUUCCGCCAGACUUUCUCAUGUCGCGUUUGAGGCUUGUACUAACUUUUCAACAACAAUAAACUACGCCAUUGACUUUACAUUGGAU